AUGAAUGAACCAGUAGUUGCAGGCGGUAGCUCUGUGCCAGAACGUAAGGAACAACGAUGGCCAACGUGGAUGUCAUCUCCUAUCAGUGGUAUAAGAAGUCCUAAUUAUCAAGCAGCUCUCGAAACUUCGAAUGCAAAAACUAAUGGAGGAACUGGCCCCGCUGAAGCUACGUCUUCAUGGCUUGAUAAUAUAGGGAAAAACCUACCGUCGUUUUUAUAUGGGCGUUCCGAAGAGCCUGUGAACAUGAAUGACCUGGCAGAUUACGGCCGUCUUAGCAGCAAACAGAUUCAAUUGCUUGAAUUGGAGGCUCAACAGGGUAUUCGGAAGAAAACUGACACAUGGUGCUGGUAUGAAGAUGUCACUCUCAUCGCACCAGAAGAAUUGGCACUACCUAAUCCAGGAGAGCUAAGUGUGGCUAAUACGGGCUCAGCUGUGUGUCCCCUGCCACUUGUAAAAUUUCCAAUCUCUAGAGAUUCGUCUGAGCGAUUCUACGUCCAGAACUCUCUUAUUCUGCCUAAUGUGCUACCGGGUGAGCUUUUUCAUGAGAGGACUACAUUCAACAAAAUAUCCGCGGCAUUGAAGAACUAUUAUAACUUCGACGGUGAGAAACACACUUACUUGGGCCGUGGAACCGUCUCUGGCAGGCUAGAGCGGAAAAAAACCAUUAUUGUAUCCUUUGUUGGCGGACUGCCAGAAAAAUACGAAAAGGCGACCUUAGGGAAACAGCUUUCUGCCAAGCAUCUUACAGGUAAAAUAGCCGCAGCUCUAAAACGAUAUGAUGCUAAUAAAGUUGUCACAUUUUCAAUAGAAUCACCAUUGGACCAGAAAUCAUUACAGGACUGUAGUAGCGAGAGCACUGAACUCCUGAGUAAUUGGAGGCAUCAUUUCAGCGGCGCUGACUUAAUACUAUUUGCAGGGGUGUAUUACAGUGUGCCAUUGCAACUUCAAGUUGCCAAAAGGAUUCUCGAGCAACGAAGCAAUUUUGGAGUUCCAGAUACUGCUACCAUCGGACUACUUGGAAUAGAGUCGUGCUUAGGUGGCUACCAAUUUUGGGACCACAGUUCGGAUUCGAGUGGGGACACAAACUCUUCAAACUACCAGGCUAAUAGAGAGAAGAUUUUGCUACAAGGAUGCACGCGAAUAGAACAAGACAAUUUAUCCAGGAUAGCACAAUAUCGAGACCCUAACUCUACGGAAUCCAAGCAGGUACAGUGUACUUUGGACUGGAUUUUUCGUCACCAAGCAUGCGCAAAACUGGUACUAUUUGGUAAGCUCUAUGAUAAUUUUAUGACAAUUGCCGAAAAGCUUGCGAUUAAUCUCCACCACCCAAAUAUUAUAAGGCAUGUAUGGUGCGAGGGAUCUAGUCUAGGUCUCGAUUACAAGAAAAAUCCCACCUUUCUUCCUGCAGGAGAAAAAAUCAGUAAAGGACCGGUCAAUUAUCAAGGAACGCUCCAAGUACCUGACGACAGAAGAUUUGAGAUAUCGCUGGUCGAAGACCUUUUGAUGGCCAUCAACUUAGGCCACACCCAGCUGGUACCAAUGCUGAAGAUGAUCAGUCCGUUUUUCAUUUCACGCUCCUUCAACAAGCAUACCGUACCCGCGACAGUAAAAAAGCAGCAGCAAUAUGAACUAAAAGCAUGGCUGCAAGAAAUGGAUCAGAGAUGGAAGAAUGCUGGCUUGGCAAAGAAUGGCACCUUACCUGCUGAAAUCGAAACUGUCGACAAUCUUUUGACCUACGUUUUUUAUAAGGCCAAUAAACCGGCCCCAGACCGUUUCAAGAUAAAAGAAGGUAUUUUUGACGACUCCCAAGUAUUCCAUUCGUUUUUACAUGAUACACUGUUGACAACUGCACUGCUAGAGCCGCAACCAGUUGGAUUUCUUUCCAAAACUGUCACUCCUGUAAGCAUUCUGAACAGUCAGAAUCAAUACGAUCUGGUGUGGCAGAUUCACGACUUCCUUUCCUACUUCGCUAAGAUCAAAAACUUGCCUCUCUUCCCCGACCCAUUGUUGCUCUUUUCUCUAGCGCACGACUCGUCCACCAUGUCGUCUGCCGAACCACAUUCGAUUGAAUUUCGUCGAGGUAAAGAAGAGGCCUCGAGAAGAAUUGAAAAGUUUUGGGAGUUAUAUCAACUGUGGAAACCACCUACCAAGGGCCUCAAGCAAUUACAACGCAUUCUAAGCUUCCUAUCCCUCUACUCAUCCGGCCGUCAUCUGCAAGUGGACCUCAGGCGUAUACAAUGA